ACACUAUAUAGUAUAUAUUAACAACCACCAACGUCCAUCCCAUUCAUUCAUCUUCAGCUUAUCAAUAUUCUCCAAACACACAUCAAACUAGAAACUACCUCGUUCAUACGUUGAACACACACACAAAAGAAAACUAUUAGCUUCAUCUAGUUUAGUUUGUAAUAUUGUUGAAAGGGUUGUGAAGAAUGAGUUCAACAAGCCGUGCUUGGAGUUGGACCGUGGCAGCGAGUGUUGGGGUGGUGGAGGCUUUGAAGGACCAGGGCAUAUGCAGGUGGAACAGUGUGAUGAGAUCAGCACAACAACAUGCUAAACAUAAUAUGAGGACUUUCUCUCAGACCAAGAAGAUUUCCUCUCAAUCUUCUGCUAUGGCUUCGACCAAAUUCAAGGAUGAGAAGGCUAAGCAAUCAGAGGAGUCUUUGAGAACCGUCAUGUACUUGAGUUGUUGGGGUCCUAACUCCUAACUGAACAAAGAUGCAUGGAUUUCAUGCAAUUCUCGAUUUCUUUCUUGAAGUAAUACGAAUUGAAGGAAGAGGCAGAAGAUGAAUAUGCCUUUUGCUCCCUUGGAUUGGAUUUGGAAGAGAUCACCAAUGCUAAUUCGUGGCAAUCGCUUUGAUUAAUUUGAUCCACGUUGAAUCAUCAUUGGAAUGAUAAAAUUCGAGACAGAAAUUGCUAUUUUUGUAUAUGGUUUCUAAUAUGACUGGGGUUAUUAUGUGUUAUGCUGAAUAAUUGUGUGAUGUAAAUGUAUUUAUAUAGCAAAGUAAGUCUUGAUGUAAUGAAAAUAAUCAAUGAAAAAGAGCACAAUUAUUUGCAGCA